AGAGAGAGAGAUGCACUGAUGCGCAGCGGAACCUCGCGUAUGGAUGGAGCUCGGACCCCGCGCGCAUUACAAAGCAACAACCAUUACUUAAAAUUAAAUGAUAAAAUCCUAUCAGAAGAGACACAAUUUGUUCUUCUUGCGAGUUGUUCAAUAAAACUAAGUUUCAGUACGAGAGAGUCGUGACUGGAAGACCGUGGAGAAUUCGUUAGAGUUUAUUAAAGCUCUCACGAUGACAGGUGUUUGGACCGAAGUCUUACCAAACCCCGAGACUGAGGAGACAGCACCCAACUGACCAUUAAAUGGACUCAUGUGGUCUGAAGAAGGUCUGGAGGGUUCGCGCUUCUGCAAGUUGCCAUUAAUAAGAAAGCAUCCAUCACUUCAAACAGAUCCCGCUGUGCACAGGUGCGAGGAAGAUACCGAGAUGCGUCUACAACCAAAGGCAGACCUAGUUAACAUCUCAACCGAGUAAAACGCACACGGUAGCUACAAAGGUUCUUCGUAAACCCUGACAUGGCCGUGGUUUCAACGGAGCCUCCCGCCCGGACCUCUAUGUUAUUAUGGAUCCUGUUCCUCUUAAUUCCCAUUGCCCAACUGAGUCCCAGGUACACCCCAACCCUGAGCGGUUCAAAGAGGGAGAUCAUCAUAGAUGGAGAUCUAGUGAUCGGAGGGCUGUUUCCAGUGCACGAGAAAGGCGAGGGGACGGAGGAUUGCGGUAAGAUAAACGAAGAGCGGGGGAUCCAGAGGCUGGAGGCCAUGCUGUUGGCUUUGGAUGAAAUUAACCAGGACAACCGCAUACUGCCUGGCUUAAAGCUGGGAGCGCAUAUACUGGACACCUGCUCGAAGGACACGUAUGCACUAGAGCAGUCUCUGGAGUUUGUGAGGGCGUCGCUCACUAAAGUGCAUCAGCCAGGGUUCAUCUGUCCGGAUGGGUCAAACCCUGUGCCGGAUGAAGUGCCUCUGGCCAUCUCUGGGGUGAUUGGAGGAUCAUAUAGUGAUGUCUCGAUACAGGUGGCAAACCUCCUCAGACUCUUCCAGAUCCCACAGAUAAGUUAUGCUUCCACUAGUGCCAAACUCAGCGACAAAUCCCGUUACGAUUAUUUCGCCCGAACCGUCCCACCAGACUUCUAUCAGGCCAAAGCCAUGGCUGAAAUCCUGCGCUACUUCAAUUGGACCUACGUUUCCACCGUAGCCUCAGAGGGCGACUACGGUGAAACGGGCAUCGACGCCUUUCAACAGGAGGCUCGGGUACGCCAAAUCUGCAUCGCAACUUCAGUGAAAGUCAGUCGCUCUGUUAACCGAGGGAACUAUGAAAAUGUCAUCCGCUCGCUCCAGCAAAAAGCCAACGCCAAAGUGGUGGUCCUCUUCACCAAAAGCGAAGACGCCAGGGAAUUGCUCUCCGCCGCAGCUAGAAUGAACGCUACCUUCAUUUGGGUGGCCAGCGACGGCUGGGGCGCACAGGAGAGCGUCGUCCACGGCAGCGAGAAGGCGGCCAACGGGGCUUUCACCAUUGAGCUCGCCUCGUACUCUAUCAGGGAGUUUGAGGACUAUUUCACCAAGCUCACACCUGAACUCAACACAAGGAAUCCGUGGUUCAGGGAAUUCUGGGAGCACAGGUUCGGUUGCCGUGUACAUGAACACGGCUGUGCCAUGAAGAGCCUAAGGAACGGGGCGUUUAAACCCGAAUCAAAGAUCAUGUUUGUGGUGAAUGCUGUCUACGCUAUGGCCUAUGCCCUGCACAACAUGCGGCAAGCUGUUUGCCCCAACACCACGAAGGUGUGCGAUGCUAUGAAGCCAGGCAAUGGGAAGAGGUUCUACCGUGAGUUUAUUCUCAAGACGAAAUUCGACGCUCCUUUCAGACCAGCUGACACUGAGAACGUGGUACGGUUCACCUCAUUAGGAGACAGUUUGGGUCGCUACAACAUCUUUUACUACCGCAAAGAGGACAACAAGUUUGUCUAUAAGAAGGUAGGCUACUGGUCACAGGGCUUAGUGCUGAAUACCAGUGUGGUAAACUGGGCUACCGGGGUGGUCCCUACAUCCCAAUGUAGUGACCCAUGCCAUCCCAAUGAGGCUAAAAGCAUGCAACCUGGCGAUGUGUGCUGUUGGAUCUGCAUCCCGUGCCAACCUCACCAGUAUCUUCUAGAUGAAUUUACCUGUAUGGACUGUGGUUUUGGUGAGUGGCCCCUCGCCAACCUGACCGGUUGCUACGAGCUUCCAGAAGAGUACAUCCACUGGUCAGACGCUUGGGCGGUGGGACCAGUCACAAUUGCUUGUUUGGGAAUGCUAUGCACGCUUGCGGUAGCUGGAGUUUUCCUACGCAACAAUGACACCCCGGUGGUGAAAGCUAGUGGUCGAGAACUCUCAUACAUCCUGCUGUCUGGUGUACUCAUGUGCUACGCCAUGACCUUCAUUUACAUUGCUAAACCCUCUGCUUUCGUCUGCGCCCUCCGACGUCUCGGCCUCGGCACAUCUUUUGCAGUCUGCUACUCGGCUUUGCUGACCAAGACCAAUAGGAUUGCUCGAAUCUUCGGCGGGGCACGGGAUAGUGCCCAGCGACCACGAUUCAUCAGCCCUGCCUCUCAGGUUGCGAUCUGUGCCGUGUUGAUUUCAGCCCAGUUGUUGGUUGCCCUCGUCUGGCUCCUGGUAGAGGCACCCGGGGUGAGGAAAGAAGUGGGCCCAGAUAGGAGAGAUGUGGUCACUCUGAAAUGUAACAGUUUGGACUCGAGCAUGCUGGUGUCCCUUACCUACAACUGCAUCCUUAUCAUUCUCUGCACCUUCUACGCCUUCAAGACCCGGAAGUGUCCGGAAAACUUCAACGAGGCCAAGUUCAUAGGCUUCACUAUGUACACCACUUGCAUUAUCUGGUUGGCCUUCCAGCCCAUCUUCUACGUCACAGCUAGUGACUACAGAGUGCAAACCACAACCAUGUGCAUCUCUGUCAGUCUGAGCGGCUCUGUGGUCCUCGGUUGCCUUUUUGCCCCCAAGAUCCACAUCAUUCUUUUCCAGCCGCAGAAGAACGUGACAAAUCUGAGGGCCAAAGAAAACCGCUUUUCCAGCGUCGCCACCACCGCACCGAGCUCCACUUACUCACAAGCUUCCGCCUCUACCAUAGUCCCGACCGUGUGCAAUGGAAGAGAAGUGGUGGACUCUACAACAUCAUCCUUGUGAAUAUAAAAACAUUACAGCAGGAUGGGGCCAAUUUUAUAUCAUUUCAGCAAAUGAGGCUUUGAAUGCAAUCCUGCUCUACACUUAAUCUUGGUUCAUUUGAUCCUUCUAAAAAAUGAACUACAUGGACACUUUAUGGUGGUCGUCCAAACAUGGUCGACACCAAAUUCACCAAGCAUGUUUUUUGUCUUUGUUAUACAGUAAAGCUGUCGUCUAUGAUCGAAUCUUUAUCUUUAGGAGGCAAUUUAAAUGUGCCACAAUAUUAUGCCACAGUAGCCCAGAAGGUUUGACACUGGAUAAAACCAUUUUACAGAAAUGAAUGUACUGCCGAUAUGUACUCUAGUUUUUUGUACACUACAAAAAUAUUAACAAGUGUAAUGUUAACAGUAGGUUUGAGUUCUCUAUAUAACAGCAUUCGGAAAUCACUUCAAAUGCUUUAAUACUCGUACAGUCUCGCAUUACUGAGCAGACGUGAUGUACAUGCAACCAAUCCAGUGAGACUUGCACAAAAUAUUAUAAUGUGACUUAUGUACCUGAGGGUAUGUGAUUUUUAGAUGCUGUAUUCUCAGUAAAUGGGAGACUGUAACACAUUUGGGUUUUAGUUCAGUGGUAACAUUGUAAACUUUCAUUCAGAGAUGAGUUGAUCGUCCUUAUAGUGUUGUGAUGUUUGAUCCUUAUGGAAUAGUUUAGGUGUAAAGAUGGAAAGUAACUAUAUUUCCCUUUUUUACUCGAUUGCAUUAAAGGGAUAGUUCACCCAAAAAUGAAAAUAAUAUCAUUAAUGACUCACCCUCAUGUCGUUCCAAACUCAUAAGACCUCCGUUCA